AGUAGCUGCCGAAUACAUUUUAUUGGAAGUGUUCGCGGGAACAAUAAAGUUGCAUUUGUUGCACGGCAAGAUGGCGGCGCACAUGCUGGGAUCUCGGCCGCGCACUGAGGAUGUUUCGCAGGGUACCGGGGAUACUACAGAUUUUAAAUCGCUGCUUCUAUCCCGUCCUGUGCUGGAUGGACUGGAAGCAGCUGGCUUCAACAAGCCGUCCCCGAUUCAGAGCAAAGCCAUUCCGUUAGGCAGGUGUGGCCUGGAUCUUAUAGUGCAAGCCAAGUCGGGAACAGGAAAAACAUGUGUUUUCUCUACAGUUGCACUGGAUUCCUUGAUCUUGGAAAAUACUGCAACUCAGGUGUUGGUAUUGGCCCCCACCAGAGAAAUUGCAGUUCAGAUCCAUUCAGUCAUGUUAUCCAUAGGCUGUCGCAUGGAAGGGCUGGAAAGUCAUGUUUUCAUAGGAGGGACACCACUGCCACAGGACAAAAUUCGGCUCAAGAAGUGCCACAUAGCUGUUGGCUCUCCUGGUCGAAUAAAGCAGUUGAUAGAAAUUGGUUACCUUAACACGUCCAGUGUUCGUCUUUUUAUCCUCGAUGAAGCUGAUAAACUUUUGGAAGAAGGAAGUUUCCAGGAGCAAAUAAACUGGAUAUAUUCCUCUCUUCCUGCUAACAAACAAAUGCUAGCUGUUUCAGCCACUUACCCGGAAUCUUUAGCAAAAGCACUGACAAGAUACAUGAGAGAGCCUACAUUUGUAAGGUUGAAUGUAACCGACCCCAGCCUCCUUGGUUUGAAGCAGUUUUAUAAAGUUGUGAAAUCGCACCCACUGCCACACAAGGUUUUUGACGAAAAGGUGAUGCAUUUGCAAGAGCUGUUCAACAGAAUUUCUUUCAAUCAAGCUUUGGUGUUCUCAAAUCUCCAUAGCAGGGCUCAGCACUUGGCUAAUAUUCUUACAGCUAAAGGCUUCCCAGCAGUGUGCAUAUCUGGUAGCAUGAAUCAAAACCAAAGGCUGGAUGCUGUGGCCAAACUCAAGCAGUUCCAUUGCCGGGUCUUAAUUUCUACUGAUUUAACUUCGCGGGGGAUUGAUGCAGAGAGGGUGAAUCUGGUUAUUAAUCUUGAUGUUCCAGAGGACUGGGAAACCUAUAUGCAUCGAAUUGGAAGAGCUGGACGGUUUGGUACUCAUGGCCUCUCUGUAACUUUCUGUUGCCAUGGGGAAGAGGAGAAUAUGAUGAUGGGAAUUGCAAUGAAAUGCAAUCUUAAGCUUUUGCCUUUACCAGAUCCAAUACCAGAUGGUUUAAUGGAAGAGACCUGUAACUGGGAUAUUGAAGUUACUACGGUGAAGACCAUACCUUCCUCUUCUGAGAAUCAAGGGGUUUGUACAACAGAAGUACUUAGCAGCAACCCACUGCCAGAAACUUACCAAAAUAAAAAGGCCACCAAAACACAUUCUAAGACAAAAAAGACCUCAAUGAAACUUUAUCCUGAGAAGGAAAGUAAGAAGGGGGAGACCACUGUAAAUUGUGAUGGAAUCCUUAAACCACCUAAAGAUGUGGCCAAGCCAAAGAAGCCAGUGGAUAACACCGUAAACAACAGUGCAAAUAUGGCAGAGUUGCAAAACUCGCUACCUAAAAUACCAAGCUUGGCAUCCUUCAAGCGCUCAGUUGCUUGUACAUCAUCAUUUGCAGAGCUAGUUGAAGACUAUGAACAAUUUAUCAAAGAAGGUUUGGAAAAACAUGUGGAAAUAGUGCGUGUGUAUACUGGCCCUGGUGACAAAAAUGAGCUGAAAUCUGAAAAUCUAGAACAGGAAAGAACUGAUGAUGGGGGCACUUCAGAAGCAAUGAGUACUCCUGAAAAGUGUGGAUUUGCUGAGAGUUCUGUUAGUGAAAGUGAUAGAAGUGCAUCCUGCUCUUCUUCAGUCAGUGAAGAAAGCAAUGAAGACUCUGAUAUUCCAGAGCCAAAGAGUUCCUUUGAUCAUCUUAACUCAUACUCAGAAGUUAUAAAGGAAAGGACAAUUGAACCUACUGUUUGUGAACUCAACACAGAUAAUAUUUCUGACUUGACAAAAGAAGGAAAUGUGAUGAAAGCUCAUAAAUAUAAAGGUGAAAUGCCAUUUGUGAGCAAUACCAAAUCUAGAAGACGGAGUAAGUACACAACACCUGUGUCUAGACGUGAACUCUGUUCGGAAAGACAAGAUGAUUUGUACCAGUUGGAAUAUAGAAACCCUAGUAGAUUUCCAUAUGGCACCACGAGCUAUGCUGACUACUGGAGGUCCUAUUAUCAAGCAUGGCAAACAUACCAUUCUACUGUAUCAAAUUCUUACUACCGUAAUCUGUACAAGCGUUCAAGCUGGAUGUCUGCAUAUCACAUGCAAUCUGUGUACCUCCAUGAAAUGCUAAAGCCAUGACAAACUCAAAUUAUGUUAAUAAUAAGGCAGUGGUUUAUGGUUUACAUUUUAAUAUUCUUCUAUGCCUUAAACAACCUUCACCAUUCACUGGUGAUCACAUUUUUCUGGUUUAAAACAGAAAUUGCAAAACUCCAACAAAUACAUAAAAUUGGUUUAAUACACAAUAGUAAACCAGCUUGAAAAUGCUAUAUAUUUCUUUUUUUCAUUAUGUUGUAAAUUCUGCAUGAUUACUUAUAUACCUUCUCUACCUUCAAGUAUUUCACUGUUUCAGUCAGCAACUGUAUUUGGAGGGUUUAGUCUUAGCUGACUAUUGACCUACUCAUUUUUCAACAGUGUAAUGCUUAUUAAAGGAAUAAGUGAUUCAUUUUGCCAUGUU